CCUGCGCCGCCCUUCUGAGCCUUCCGCGUCCGGUGCACUUGACUCCACUCGUCAGUUGGGCACCAGGGCCCGCGCCCUUGUCCAUAUGGCGACAUCACCCAAGGUUACGGUCUUCCAUAGGCGGUCCGACUACGAUGUACACAGCUAUGUCGUAGGUGGACCCGGAGAUAACGCGGUGCACCGUCUGAACGAAGAGCGACGCGCCAUUCUCUCUGAAAUCGAUAAUGCCAAGUUCUCAUGGUUCCACAUCAAGGUCGCGUUCGUUUCUGGUGCGGGGUUUUUCACCGACGCGUAUGACAUCUUCGCCAUCAAUGUCGUCACCAUCAUGUUAGGAUACGUGUAUGGCGACGAUCAGAGCGCGUCGAUCCCCGGAGUCGCUGGCCGGUCGCUCAGUGCGAUGCAGCAACUCGGCGUGAAGAUUGCCACGCCCAUAGGUAUCAUCGUCGGCCAGCUGCUCUUUGGAUGGCUUGGGGACGUCAUGGGUCGCAAGCGGAUAUAUGGGUUGGAGCUGUUGAUCAUCAUUAUCGGCACGUUCGGUCAAACCAUUGCUGCUCCCAGCAUGGCUGUCAGCUUCAUUGCGUUAUUGAUUGUCUGGCGCACCUUCAUGGGGAUAGGUAUAGGAGGGGACUAUCCUUUGAGUGCGGUCAUCUCGUCCGAGUUUUCGUCCACGCACAUCCGUGGUCGGGUCAUGACAGCGGUCUUUGCCAACCAAGGAUGGGGCCAGCUCGCUGCAACCGCUGCCUCCUGCGUCGUCGUGCGCGCCUACAAGUCCAGCCUCCUCUCCAACGGCAACACGCUGCUCGAGGACAUCGACCGCAUCUGGCGAAUAAUCGUCGGGUUCGGCUGCGUGCCCGCGGUCGUCGCGCUCUACUUCCGGCUCACGAUCCCGGAGACGCCGCGCUUCACGCUCGACAUCCAGCGCAACGUCGACAAGGCCGCACGCGAUAUCGACGAGUUCCUCACGCACGAGGGGUACACAGUCGACCCCGAGGCCGUCUCACGGCGCCUGAGCGCGCAGAGGGCGACGAAGGGGGACUUUCGGAGGUACUUUGGGAGAUGGGAGAACUUGAAGGUGCUGAUCGGGACGAGUUAUUCGUGGUUCGCGCUUGAUUUUGCGUUCUACGGGCUCGGCCUGAACUCGUCUAUCAUCCUCCAGGCCAUCGGCUUCGGUUCGCCUGACAAGGGCAUCACAGGUGGGCAGGCGAUUUAUCAGAACCUCUUCAACGUCUCCCUUGGCAACCUCGUCCUCUCCCUCGCGGGAUUCGUCCCGGGAUACUGGGUCGCCUUUCUCUUCAUCGACCGUUGGGGCCGUAAGCCGAUCCAGCUCAUGGGCUUCUGCGCUCUGACUGUACUCCUCGUCGUCAUGGGCUUCGCGUAUCACAAGCUCACGUCGACGACACGCGGGACCGCCGUGUUCGUCUUCCUCUACUGCCUUGCAAACUUCUUCCAGAACUUUGGGCCGAACACGACGACGUUCAUCGUCCCCGGUGAGGCGUUCCCGACGCGCUACCGCUCGACUGCGCACGGCAUCUCUGCGGCGAGCGGCAAGUUCGGCGCCGUCCUCGCGCAGGUGGCCUUCCAAUGGCUCAAGGACAUCGGGGGCCCGAUUGGAUCCAAUGCUUUCCUGGAUCAUAUCUUGCAGAUCUUUGGGUUCUUCAUGCUGACGGGUAUCAUCUCGACGUUGAUGAUACCGGAGACGAACCAGAAGACCCUGGAGGCGCUCUCGAACGAGCGGCAGGAUCGGUUCUUUCGGUUUCUUGGUAAGUCUUCAAGUUAUCCCUUCCGUAUCCGCACUUGAUACCGAGCGCGCAAUGGAAUGAUUGCAGAUCCCCGGCGCCGCUCCAGUGUCAAGACAUUCGCAAGCGACUUCCCACUGACGACGAUCAAGCUGAAGCCAUUCGAGCCCACCCACGACCCUGAGCCUGAGGCGGAUCCGCCAGAUAUAUGUAUUGAUACCCCCGU